UAAGGUGUUGGCAGUUGGAACAAUUUUCUAAUCGGACAGCCAGCUGGUCCCGGUUAAUACGGUCCGACCGACCAGUCCGGUUUUAUAAACCCUGAUAAUAACCAGCAAAAGUGUUUACAUAGAGAAUAAAAAGCUCACUAACUCAAAUUUCAGUUUCCAGAAUUCAUUUUCAGCAAAUAUUCAAUUUGUAAGCUGAGUGUAAGUAAAUCACAACAACGGUGAAAGAUAUGCGUUCGAGGGUGUAGAUUGCAAGUGCGGAGCUAUUAGGGAUGUGGACAAAUGUUUUUAGACUUGCAAAUCUUAAUCAACUAUCAUGGUUCCAGUUUAUCCCCAACGAAUCGGAGUUGAACAAUUUACCAGAUAAGAGCGUAAAGUUAGAACAGAAAGAUGCUGCCACAUGGCUCGUGCUUUGGUCUCAUUCACAGUUGCAGAAAGAUGGAUUUCUCAGCUCAUGGACCAAUGCCUUCGUUGGACCUUGGGAUCCGUCUCAGGGUUUGCACAAUCCUGAUGAGAAAAUCAAACUUUGGCUUUUUCUACCCGGGUCACACUCAUCUGUUGUUGAGAGUGCUCAAGCUGCAGUUUCUAGGCUAAGGGUCAUUGCAUCUGGAGUUUGGGCGGCUCCUGGGGACUCUGAAGAAGUUGCUGCAGCCCUUUCCCAAUCUUUGAGGAAUUCUAUAGAAAAAGCACUUGCUGGACUUUCUUAUAUGAGAUUUGGAAGUGUAUUCACAAAGUAUCACCCAUCUCAAAGUGAAGCACUCGUCAGAAGACGGCCUACAGUUGAGUUCAUCUUUGCUGCCACAGAAGAGGCAAUCUUUGUGCAUGUUAUAAUAUCUGCGAAGCAUAUCCGAGCACUUUCAAGUGAUGACAUAGAAAGAGUGUUAAAGCAUUCUACGAAUACUUCUGGUUACAGACUUCCAGUGAUUGUUUCUCCUCAUGGAAUGCGUGGUUGGCUGACAGGAUAUUUUCCAAAUGAUUUUGUCAAGCAAGUUUAUCUUAGCAGUUCCGGAAAGUCGAGGACGUCGGAUGGAUCUAAAGGUUUACCAUAUCAUGUUUCUCAAGGGCCUGGAUGCUUGAUGAGGGGUCAAAGUUGCUAUGUUGAAGUGACUCUUGGUUGUCCUAGAUCAGAAAGUGAGAAGGGAUUGUUAUCGAACUUGAAUUCAUGCAGGAACUUAACUAAAUAUCAUGUUGUGGAAUCCCCAUCUGUGGGAAGAGGUGAUCAAAAGGGAUCACUGGACAGUUCAUCAACACACGAGAGAACAUUUAUUUAUCCAGCGGAAGCAGUUGUUGUUCCAGUCCUGCAAGCAUCAUAUGCUAGAUCUUCUCUGAAAAGAUUUUGGCUCCAAAAUUGGAUAGGUCCAUCAUUGCUUGGUUCAUCUUUCUUUAUGCAUUGGGGUGGUGAUAUAGAUAACAUCGAAGGAUCUUGGGUUGCAUCUACUGGAAUGCGUAUACGACAUGGCUAUGAUAGUAGUAGCAAUAGUAAUAGUAGCAGUAUUGGUUCCAUAAGCAGCAGCUCUAGUGAUAGUGACCUCAAAAUGACUGGAGAAGCUGGUGACCUUGAGGCAGAUGCAGAUUCAUUAUCAUGUAGACAGUCUGGUCUAUCAUCUAAUGAUCGCAUGGAAAUUGAUGGCUCCAAAUCGGGUUCUAAGCGUCCUCGUUCAGGGAUGCCAGAGUCAUUUGGUCAAAUGGGUUCUACGAAAAAUGUCACAAUGCAAGGUUCCUACAAGUCUGACUUUGGUUCCCUUGAUCAUGCUUCCAUCACAGGAGUUGGAAAUGAUCCAAUCGACUGUCAUUUGGAUUGGGAUGAUGAUGACAGAGGUGUAGGGAUUAAUAUCCAAGCUCUUCUGUCAGAGUUCGGUGAUUUUCACGACUUCUUUGAAAAUGACGCCUUGCCUUUUGGAGAGCCUCCUGGUACAGCAGAGUCGCAGGCUCUUAUAUUGUCUGCUCCAGAUUGCGGAGAAGUUGUUAGCAGUCCUAUCGGGGUAAUAGAUGUUGCAGAUCAAAUGCUUUUGCCUGUGGGUUUUUCAUCGUUUGAGAGCUUUAACCCACCUCCCACAGGACCCAUUGAUGAGUGCAUCAGUAAGAAUCAAGAAAGCACCCUUGAGUCUCUGACAUCAGGUCCAGUGAACAAGACUUCAUUAUGCUGUACAGGUGAGUUCGAGCAUUUGAUCAAAGCUGAAGCUCUUAUGUCCUUUGCUCCUGAGUAUGGAUCUGUUGAAACCCAUGUAAGUGAGUCGUCCUCAUCAAUUUUCAGAAGUCCGUAUUGUCCAAUGUCUCGCCAAGUUGAGAGUUCAAAUUCAAGUCUGAACAAUUACACUUAUGGUGCAACUCCACCCUCUUCUCCUUGCUAUGAUGGAUCAGACGAGAAGAAUAGCAUGUAUAUGAAUUCAAAAGCAGGUGCUGCACGGCAAGACACGAAGAAAUUUUACACUCAUAUGGAGAGUGGGAAGGAUCACGGUCAUAGAAAAUCAUUGGCCCGACCUAGCAGCCUUGCUAUUUCUGAUGGGAUAGUGCGAUCUCCAAUCUCCACCUUCAAUUCUACUACUGCAGUUAAAUCUGUGCCAAAGAAAAUUGCUGAAUCUGACGCAGGAUCAGAAAACUUCCUACAUACUUCGAAGACUGUUUUGGCAACUGAAGUUGAAUCUCUCAUGUUUCAAGCUUCCAUGUGCAGGGUAAGGCACACACUGGUGUCUUCGUCUAAUCACAUACCUACAAGCUUAAGUAGGUUAAGCAGCAGCUCUGUUUUGAGUGACCUUCCGGGUGAGGGAAGUACCAUGACAGACAAUCUAUCUAGCAGGUAUGAGGUGAGGAAGAAAGAAUCUAUACCUGUUAGAAUUGCUGGUGAUAUUGAUGUGGGAGUGCUAGAUGGUAACGUCCAUGCCCCUGUUGGUGUUUGGCGCUCUGUUCCAGUUCCUAAAGUAAACAAACCUAGUAAUUCACCUAGUAUUGAAGCUGGUCCAUCCUUACCCCAUCAUCCAUUGAAUGAUGAAAGAAUGCUUUCGUAUAAACAUAGACAGCCACUACAGGAGUUACUUGAUGGAAUGGCAUUACUUGUGCAGCAAGCCACUUCUUUUGUUGAUGUGGCUCUGGAUGCAGAUUGUGGAGAUGGUCCUUUUGGUUGGCUUGCAUUACAAGAGCAUUGGAGGCGCGGAUUUUCUUGUGGGCCUUUCAUGGUCCAUGCAGGCUGUGGUGGGUCUUUGGCUUCCUGCCAUUCCUUGGACAUUGCCGGCAUGCAGUUAGUGGAUCCGCUUUCUUCUGAUAUUCACGCGUCCUCUGUGGUUAGCUUGCUUCAAACUGAAAUUAAGACAGCCUUAAAAUCUGCCUUUGGGAACUUGGAUGGCCCGUUAUCUGUCACUGAUUGGUGCAGAGGCCGCAGUCAGUCAGGUGAUGGAGUUUCCACAGUCGAUGGAUCUUAUGCUGAGUCUACCUUGAGCGACUGCAAGGAUUCUUCAAGCACUGUAUGUUUAUCUGCUGGAGAACCAAUAAACCCAGCCCAGUCUUCUGCUGGUGCAUGUGCAUCUUCUUACCUUAAAGCUGAUGGAACAAAGACAGACGACUCUACACAAAGGAGACUGAGCCAAGAAAUAGAGUCAGAACAGCAAUUAUGUUCCCGAAAGCCAACAGUCUUGGUUAUCCCAUCCCCUGCUAUACUUGUUGGGUAUCAGGAUGAUUGGCUUAAGACAUCUACAAGCUCUCUACAACUCUGGGAAAAGGCUCCUUUUGAACCAUAUGCUUCACCAAAACCUAUUACUUAUUGUGUUAUAUGUCCAGACAUUGACCCCCUGACUUCUGCUGCUGCUGAUUUUUUUCAACAACUUGGUACUGUUUACGAGGCUUGCAAAUUGGGAACUCAUCAACCUCAGAGUUUAGGGAAUCAAAUGGACAUAGACACAGGGAAACAUUCAUAUUCUGGUUUUGUGCUGCUCGACUGCCCACAAUCAAUGAAAAUAGAAAGCAGUAAUACAUCUCUUGUUGGUUCAAUAAGUGAUUAUUUUCUUUCUCUGUCCAAUGGCUGGGACAUGACAAGCUAUCUCAAGUCUCUUUCAAAGGCUGUUAAAGCCUUAAAAAUUGGUCCAUGUUUAUCAGCUAAUCCAAAAGAAGGAAAUGCUGGCCCUUGUAUGGUUAUCUAUGUGGUGUGCCCCUUUCCUGAGCCUGUUGCAGUUCUACAAACUGUCAUUGAAUCUUGUGUUGCUGUUGGAUCGACAUUUCUCUCAUCAGAUAGAGAGAGGAGGCCACCCUUGCUGAGUCAGGUCAGUAAGGCUUUGAGUUGCUCAGCAGUUGUGGAUGAAGCUUCGACAUCAAAUGUUCUUGUAGUUGCUGGGUUUAAUGUUCCCAAACUAGUAUUGCAAGUUGUGACAGUUGAUGCCAUUUUCAGAGUUGCAAGUCCUGCUCUUAAUGAGCUUGUCAUUCUUAAAGAAACUGCUUUCACUGUAUACAACAAGGCUAGGCGAAUUUCAAAAGGUCCUUUAAAUGAUGUACCAUCAUCAACAUCAUCUGGAAGAUCUCAUUUGGUAAUGCCACAAAUGAAUUCUAUUCAAUCUAUGUGGAAGGAUUGUGUUGGUCCUCGGCUUGGAGGGCCUACACUUCCAAGAGAGGGUGAAUAUGAUGCUGGUUUGAGACCAGGUACUUGGGAUAACUCCUGGCAGACGACAAGGGUUGGAGGGUUGAACUGUGAUCCAAGCAGAAAUGGGGAUCUUUUUUUUCAAGAUGAAUUUCGCUACCUGUUUGAGCCACUAUUUAUUCUUUCGGAACCUGGUUCUCUAGAGCAGGCAGCUGCACCUGCAAAUUUUGGCAAUUCAACUGCUGAAUCUUCGAAGGCUUUAUCUGACGAUAGCAGUGGAGGUUUCAUGCAAAGUUCAGCAGUGACUGCUGAUACUGGUUCUAGCUCUCAACUUGAUGGAUCUGAGCCAGAUGGACAUGGAGGGGGUUAUCAAAAGGCUCUUCCAAGUCUACAUUGUUGCUAUGGGUGGACAGAGGAUUGGCGGUGGUUAGUGUGCAUCUGGACGGAUGCUAGGGGAGAGUUGCUUGAUAGCCAUAUAUUCCCUUUUGGAGGAAUCAGCAGCCGACAGGACACUAAGGGCUUGCAAUGCCUCUUUGUGCAAGUUCUGCAGCAAGGAUGUCAGAUACUUCAGGCUUGCUCCUCUCCUGAUAUUGGUGCUGCAAAGCCCAGAGAUUUUGUGAUUACACGCAUUGGAUAUUUCUUUGAACUUGAGUACCUAGAAUGGCAGAAAGCUGUUUAUUCAGUUGGAGGUUCUGAGAUGAAGAAAUGGCCAUUGCAACUGCGCCGCUCUGUGCCAGAUGGGAUGUCUGCAAGCAGCAAUGGAGCUACCAUGCAGCAACAGGAAAUGAGUUUAAUUCAAGAGAGAACGCUUCCUUCCUCACACAGUCCACUGUAUAGUUCUCACUCAAAAGGCUCGGGUUUUAUGAAGGGUGGUCUAGGACAAUCUUCUGUAAGAAAACAAAUUAUAGGUGGACAUACCGUGGUUGAUAACUCAAGGGGAAUGCUACAGUGGGUGCAGAGCAUCAGUUUUGCUUCAAUUUCAGUUGACCACUCUUUGAAUCUGGUUUUUCAAGCGGAUUCACCAUUUGCUGGGGGAAUGCAGGGUGGCAGUGGUAUUAAUGCAUCAAACUAUUUGGAAGGUUUCACUCCUGUAAAGUCUCUGGGUUCCUCUUGUGCAUCUUACCUCUUAAUACCAUCACCCAGCAUGCGCUUCCUUCCGCCAACACCUAAUCAGCUUCCAACUUGUCUGACUGCUGAAUCACCACCACUUGCGCAUCUCCUUCAUAGUAAGGGCUCUGCGAUUCCUCUCUCCACUGCUUUUGUGGUAUCCAAAGCUGUUCCUUGUAUGAGGAAAGACUAUAGAAACAACUCACAGGAAGAAUGGCCUGCAGUUCUUUCUGUCAGUCUUAUCGACUAUUACGGCGGCGCCCAAGAAAAAAAUUCUAAUAGAGGAAUUGGGAAACAAGGUGUGCGAAGUUCAAGCUCGGAUGUUAUGGAUUGUGAAAUUGAGAUACACUUAAUUCUGGAGUCUAUAGCAGCAGAGCUUCAUGCCUUGUCGUGGAUGACGGUGAGUCCAGCAUAUUUGGAGCGACGAACUGCACUCCCGUUCCACUGUGACAUGGUUUUAAGGCUGAGAAGGCUGCUUCAUUUUGCUGAUAAGGAGCUUUCGUCACAGCCUGAUAAGUCACAGAUUUAAGUAAAGCUUCGUAUUAUCAGGCCCGUCUUUUUUUAUGCUUUAGUGUAGAAUAUAAUCUAUUAUUUGUAAAUGUAAGAGUAGGCUACUUUUGGAAUUCCCAGAAAGAAAUAGGUAGAUCUAACAGAAAUUGUAUAUGAAUAGGACAGUUGGUUACAAUAGAUUAAAUUAAUGUGACCUUGUUAGAGUUCAGUGUUGUAUUCUUAUGGUUGAUUUUUGUGA